GCUUCCCGUUAUAGUGGUGAUUAUAACACACACACACACACACACACACAUUGCGCUCACACACUGCACAUGUUACCGUCCUUUAACAAGUGUGUGAAGUGUGAGCUGGAGCUCAGGAGCGCGUGUGAAGUGUAGAGGAGCGGUGUGUGUUUAAUUCCUCUUUAGUCUAAUAAUAACCGGGAGGAGGAGAGUAACCGGAGCCACACACACACUCACACACACUCACACACACACCCGGCUUCAGGCCUGCUCUACAGCUCAGGUUUAUAAGAGCAGCCAUGCCUAUCCCUCCUCCUCUUCCUCCGCCUCCACCGCCAGCUCCUCCCCCACCCCCACCAGCUUUCCUACUGUCCCAGAGCGAGCCUCCUAACCCGCAGCGCGGUGAGGGAGGACGCAGCGCGCUCCUGGCAGACAUCCAGAAGGGAACCAGGCUGAAAAAGGUGACGCAGGUCAAUGACCGCAGUGCUCCUGCCCUUAACCAGCCCAGAGCACAUAGUGAGGACGGGAACAGUGGAGCGGGUGGAAGCUCUGGUGCCACACCCACACAAGGACCCGCUUUAAGUGGACUUUUUGCUGGAGGAUUUCCCAUCCUUAGGCCUGUUGGACAGAGAGACAGAGGCUCAAACACCCGCCCAGUGGCCCGAUCCGGUUCUUCUGCCAGCCUGAAACAGCCUCUGUGGAACCUGCCAUCUCAGGGAGAGAGUUUCACGGGUAGCACUCCAGAUCUCUCUCCUUCACGCAGACCUUUGGAAAGGACCUCUUCUCUAUCUAAACCACGCCCUGUCUCGUCCUACACAGCCCCACCUUCUCCCAGCCAAACCACUCCCCCAAGCUUUAAGCCUCUGUCCUCUCCUCCCACCAUAACUCCUCCUCCUCCUCCAUCACUUCUUUAUCAGGAUCAUGCAAGUAAUAAGACACCUCCUCAGUUUGUCUGUCCUCCUCCUCCUCCUCAAAUCACUAAACCCACAUGGUUACCAGUUCAAUCUCAUGCCAUCCCAAUGCCCACAAUGCCACCCCCACCCCCUCCUCCCUCAGUCCCACCUGCCUCUCAUCCUGACAGGUUGCCAGGCUUCUUCCACACUUUGCCUCCUUUUCCAAAGCCAGUAGAUGCCAAGUUUGGGAACUUCAGGGAUGUUCCUCCUCCACCUCCUCCUCAUUUUCCAUCCUCUUUUACACCUAGUCUUCCUGCGCCUGUGCCCUCUCCUCCACUCCCCCCGCCGCCGAAAGCUCACACAGUGACCACGUACCGACCCGCAGUUCCUCCGCUGCCCCCUUCUUACCCCUGCACAGCCCCCAGCCGGAGGCCUCCUGCAGUGCCACUUAGUGCAGGUGCUGGAAGAUUGGCUCCUCCCCCUGCUCCACCCGCUCGUUCUCCUUCCACCGAGCUGUCCAGCAGAAUGCCGCCUCCUCUCCCGCCCCUGCCCCCUGCCCCGCCCCUUGCAGUGAGGAAUGGCCACCUGCACAGCUUCGAUGACUUUGAAUCGAAGUUUCAGUUCCACCCAGUUGAAGAUUUGCCUCCUCCUGAGGUGUUCAGGCCGUUUCCCAGAACUUACCCGAGCAAAGAGAACAGAGUGUCUUCACAAGCUCCUGGCGUGAGAACCCACCUGAGAUGAAACAGCAGCCUGUGAUAUUUGGUGCUGAGUUUCAUCAGCCCAGGAUAAACUCUUUAUCACCGUCUUUGCUGAUGACAAAAACAAACGUCCAACUUCACAUGAAGCUGAUCUUUGCACUGAACAAUGUGAACCAUCAACCAUUUCAGCCCAGACCUCAGGAGACAAUCCAGUAGAACCUCAGGACCGCUUAGCAUUAUCAGCGUUAACCAAAAACUGCAAAGUGUGUUCAUGAUACAGAGCCGUAACACUCUCACUUCACUGCAGCCAGUAUACAUCGCUUUAGUUCAUAAGUAACACUGCUUAAUAACACAGCUUUACACUUCCACUCAGUCUGUAGAGAGUGGUUAAAAGGUUUCAUCGAUCUAAUAGUGACUCUAGGAGAGGAGGAACACAUUAAUGUAACACUGUAAGAAUAAUGGAGGAUAAAUAAGAUGAAGUUACCUUCUGCAGUUCCCUGCCCAGGCCGUGUCACUUUAUUCACUCGGUCUGUGAUCUCAUGCAGUCAUGACAGGCACUGGGAGCCAGACCGCUCCGUACUGCGCUACUGUAUGAGACUCAUGUUCAUAUCAUUUCAUUCUCUGAAUAUAGAGUCUGUGUUUUUGCAUGCAUGAUGAUUUUUAAUAUAAUAUUAUACUGUAUAUACACUCAGUGGCCACUUCAUUAGGUACACCUUGCUAGUAUUCAAUUUUAUUUGUAUAGCGCUUUUAACGAUUUACAUCAUCACAAAGCUAGUACUGGGCUGCAGAUUUGUCGGCUCCACGUGCAAGAUGUGGCUUUUCCGUUCCACCAUCCCGUCCCAGAGCCGCUCUACCGGAGUGAAAUCAGGUGAGUGUGGAAGCCGUGUGACCUCACCAUCAUGUUCAAGAAACCAGUCUGAGAUGAUUUUAGCUGUGUUAUCCUGUGCCAAGGGAUGGACAGGCUCAAUAACAACACUCAGACAGUCUGUGGUGUUUAAAUCACACUCAGUCAGUACUAAGUGGCUCAAAGUGUGGCAAGAACCAGUAUCUCCCCCACAACAUCACACCACCACCACCACCAGCCUGAACCGCUGAUACACGGCAGGACGGAUCCGUGCUGUCAUGUUGUUUACACUAAAUUCUGACCCAACCGUCCGAAUCGAGACUCAUCAGACCAGACGAGGUUUAUCUGAUCUUCUCGGGUCUGAUGUUGGUGAGACCAUGUGACCUGUGGCCUCAGUUUCCUGCUCUUAGCUGACCGAAGCGACACCCGGUGUGAUCUUCUGCUGCUGUAGCACAUCUGCUCCAAGGUUCCACAUGUUCCAUGUUCAGCAGACCUCUGAGAACCCAGAGAACUGCCCUCACUGGGGAUUUUCUCUUUUUCACACUGUUCUCUGUAAACCCUAGAGAUGUGUGUGUGUGUGUGAGAGAGAGAGAGAGA